AGCUCGAGAGAGUCUCUCGGGGGGGCUGGAUUAGCCCCACGUUGUGGUGAACUAGGAUAAAAUUCGGUGUGCUCCUUCCUUACGCUCUUUACUUUAACGCUCUCAUUUUUAAUUUCAUGCGAUUUUGUUUUAAACGCUAUUCACCCCCCUCUAGCGUUGGGCCUUUAUUCUAACAAUUGGUAUCAGAGCCAUACUCUCUGAAAGACUUAACCGUUUGAGAGGAACGAUCAAUGGCUUCUACUCAAAGUUCAUACGCAGGUUUUGGUGAAGGGCAAUCCACCACGAGGCCUCCAUUGUUUGACGGAACAAACUACACCUAUUGGAAGGAGCAGAUGAGGAUUUACAUCCAAUCCACCAACUUUCUCCUUUGGAGAAUUAUCAAAAAUGGUGAGGACGUGCCAAUGAAGAAGGUCGAGGAAACCAACGUCCCUAAGACCGAGGAUGAAUAUGAUGCACAAGACAUCAAGAAAGUGGAAAACAAUGCCAAGGCCAUCAACAUCAUCUAUUGUGCCAUUAACCCGGAUGACUACCGGAAGAUUUCUUGUUGCACCACCGCAAAGGAAAUGUGGGACAAACUAGAAAUCACCUACGAAGGUACGGAUCAAGUCCGAGAAGCUAAAAUUGAUUUUCUAACCCAUGAAUAUAAAUUGUUUCGUAUGAAGGAAAACGAGGAAAUCGAUGAGAUGUUUGAACGAUUCUCCAAAAUCGUCAAUGAUCUUCAUGCUCUCAAGAAGACGUACACGGACAAGGAGUUUGUGAGAAAAAUCCUGCAAAGUCUCACACCGGAGUGGCGCUCCAAAGCCGAUGUCAUUGAAGAGUCCAUCGGCAUCACCAACGUCACCAUUGACGGACUUAGAGGUAACCUCAAAACCUAUGAGUCCACCAUUUUAUUCCCUUCUUUAGGUGAACAAAAGAAGAAGGGGAUUGCACUCAAGGCUACCUCAAGCCAAGAACCCGCCAUAGAGGAAUCAAGCGAUGAGGACAACGAGUUCGGGCUCGUCAUCAAAAAGUUCCACAAGUUCAUACAAAAAGAGUAUGAACAAAAGGGAAAAAAGCAUAGAGGACCACCCAAGUGCUAUGGGUGUGGAGAAGUUGGGCACAUCAAGCCAAAAUGCCCAAAUGCCAAAAACGAGAAGGAGAAGAAACCGUUCAAGAAGCACCGAGCUUACACUUCAUGGGGAGGUGAUUCCGGCGAUGAGUCAUCGGAAGGCGAAGAGAAUGAAAGCGCCAACCUUUGCCUCAUGGCACACGAGGAACCACCGGAAGAGGUAUGUACCACUUCUAAAGAUUCCUAUACUUUUGAUGAUGUACAAGAAGCCUUUAAUGAACUUUAUAAUGAAUAUGUCAACGCUUCUAAAAUUAACAAGGAUUUGAAGAAACAACUUACUUCCAUGGAGAAGGAAGUUGAUAAACUAUCAAAAGAUAAUGAAAAACUUAAAGAAGAAAAUAAGUUUUUCGGAAAAAGAAGCACCGACAAACCAGAAAGUUCAAAAUGUAGUUCUUGUAUAUCACUUAAGGAUCAAGUUGCAAAACUUGAAGGAACUUUGAAGAAGUUUGGUGUUUCUCAUAAAAACCUUAAUGAUGUUCUUGACAAUUUGCAACUUACUAAACAUGGCUUAGAUUCGUUGGAAAAUAUCUAUCUCAACGAUGAUGACGAAGUAGACAACUCAAAGGAAAGCCAAGAUGAAGAAGUAGAGCCACCCGUAAACGAGGAACAACCACAAGAGGAGGAAACGCCAAUGCCAAGCCGUACCUCCUGAAGUUUCUUGAACAAUUAUUAAAUUUUUAAACUGAGCCAAGUAUCUUUGAGUGAGUAAAAACUAUGGCAUCAAAAUUCGGUCCGGAAUUUCUUACUCGUGCAUAUCAGUGAUUGUUUUGUGAAUAUGGCGGCCAUUAUUACGACGAUGAACUUUGCAUUGGACAAACUGCUUGGUGUGAUGGAAAAUGCUCUAUAUGGAAAUUUUUAAUUUCAUGAAGCAAUAUGUGUAGCUUAUGAUCAUGUUGAUGAAAAUUAUGAAAAACACCACUUGAUUCUUCAGAUGGCGGGUCAAUCAAAUUAUGAUUCUGAU